AUGGAAGACUAUGAUGUUCGAACUGCUUUGUUGAAGCUGCAGGAUGCCAUACGGUCCUGGGCAAGAAAGUAUGCUUUUCCGUAUGUGGCUAGUCUAGAAGGCGUGGCAAAUACAGAACUAGAUCUAGUUGUUGAGGAGCUGGGCCCUUUCUCCAGUGAGACCACCUGGGACUCUUUGACAAAGAAGGUGUCCUUCUCGUUGGACAAACUGCCCGCAAUUAUCGUGCAAGCUUCCUUGGCCAGGUCUGUCUUUGAAUGGAUCUUUGAGGACCCGUUCUACACUGUGGAAGCCGACGCUUAUACCGGGGUUUCCCCCCUAUCGGAAGGAAUAGGGAUGAUUUAUGAUCGUAUGAAAGAAGUGGACGAAGUGGAAGCCCAUGCUUGGCGCUCGCAGAUGUUACGCUUGCUUUGCGAGUCCUCUGACCGAGAUGCGCAACUAUUACUCCAUAGCCGGAUCGAGCGUCUCAGCAGCAGCCUAGCUCAAUAUUUCAUACGAAGCCCUGUCCAUGCUCUGCUAAAGUACCCCGAGAGCAUUCACGCCUAUAAUAACCGGUUUCGAGAAUUGGAAGACCUAUUUUUGAGAGCAGCGAAUCUCGCCCUGUCGCUCUGGACUCAGCGUACAGACAUGGCCUGCUAUAGCCUAUGCAAGCUACCACAGUUUCAGGCUGAAGAUACAAGAAUGGAAGCCCAUCGUUUGCAUCACCUGGAUGAUGACGAUCGGCGUUUGGAUGGUCGCCGUAUAAUUCUAUUCGUGCAGCCUGCCGUUAUAGCCUUCGGAUCCGUGCAUGGCGAACAUUACGAUCAGUGGAAGGUGUGGGCCGCAGCGACUGUGUUGGUGGAGGGGACCACUACGAACGAGUCGAAAUAUUUUACUGAGGAGGAUGAAGAUGAGGAUCACAUGGUUGAUGUGUGA